UGUCAUUGUUUCUCCAUUCGGAGUGAUGAUAUUUUUGUGUCACACAAUUUUUUUGACAAACAGUGUUCCAAAUUAUUUCGGCGAGCAUAUCGUACCGAUACAUCACAGGUUUUUACUCUGGAAUAAGUGGAAAUUGCAUGAGUUGGCAGGAUGGGAUUGAAUGAUUUGAUUUACUGGUAUCAGAAGAAAAUAGGCACCUAUGAUAAACAACAAUGGGAAAAAACAGUGGAGCAGAGAAUAUUCGGUGGCUUAAACAAUGUUCCCAUGCGUACUGCAAAAUUAAAAACCGAAUUUAUCGACGUGGAUCUCGUUCGAGGCUCGUCGUUUCCCAAGGCGAAACCUAAGCACGGAUUGAUUACAGUCACAUGGCUUGCGAUCAAGAGACUCGUGCUGUUACCAUUUUAUAAAAAUUGGUGGACACAACAGACGAGUAGGAGGAUCUUCUGUUUAUUUUUAUUGCUUUACAGUCUGCAGAUACUGAAUGUUAUUAUUUACAUGAAGGCUGGGGAGCAGAGUGAAUCUAAUAUAGUAUCAAUGACUGAAAUAUUAGUCCCAACAUUGAUGAUGUUCGUCCUGUGUACCGUCCACUCUCAAAUUGUCUCAACAAAUUCAGGACCAACUGUAAUCAAUGGGCCCAACAGAUCGAGAAUAAGAAGAUCGAGACAUGAGAGGACUCGAUCGGGAAAAUUGAGACCGAGGAGACCCAGCAAGGGAAAGAAUUCCAUUGAAACAGUGGGAGAAAACCUGGGAAAAUCGUACUCGGGAAUUCCCUCUGUAAGAUUUGCUAAGAAAGUUUGUAUUGAUGGAUCAGCAGCAUCGCGAAGGGCCUCGGGAAGUCAUCAGUUGCAGUCGGAACCGACUGUUUCCAUCCCACGACCUUUCUCGGAUGACAAAAUUGUUGAUAAAAAUAUUCCAUCGUCUUCUGCAUUGCCUCAACCCCGCGUCAAUCCACCACAAGAACUACCGAGCGUGAAUAACAACUAUGCAGUCCAACAAAAUUUUUCUGCAGAUCCAAAUAUCAAUGAACCCGCAGAAAAUGGUGAUACAAUCCAUCAAGAUGAUGAUGGAUUUGAAAGUCUCAAUGGAAAUGUCUCCAGCGACAAUGAUCGUGCGUCAGUGAGACCACAAAUACCCGUAGAAGUAGAGCUCAACAGGAAACCAGAGAUCGGAGGUUCCGAGAGCAGUGAUAUAACAAAUUCUGGAGAAAUCCACAAAACAAGUGAUAUGACUUUAGAUAAGACUAAAGAUAAUAGUGACCAGUCAACGAAUCAUAACUUAGGAAGACCAGCAACAGAGUAUGAGUGCGAGAGCGAGGAGGAGGGCGAAUGCGAGGAAGCUGCUACCAAUCAAUUAACCGAGGCAACAACAUCUGCCACCGAGUGGAUGGGUGUUACAACAAAUAGUGAUGACUGUAACUACAGCUCUGAUCUUGAUCAGUCUGAGCCCCAGAGUGAUACUAAUUUUGGAUGUGGCGAAUUUAUCGAGCAUCCGUUCUUAUGGGAGUUGGAGUUGCCACCUUCAAUUCUACUGAGCUCCUCUUGUGCAACGUCUGAUCGAGUUUCCUGCACGUUAUGGACUCGACGAGACAUAAAAAAGGCAGAACUAUCUGUGCUGGAUAUAAGCUCGGCGAUUAUAGCGAGAGCUGAGUCAAUGCCGGAGAGUAUGGAUUAUUUUUAUGGUGGAAUCGUCCUCUCAAUUGUCCUCGCUAUUAUUCCUUCGAUAAGAAGAUUCAAUGCUCACUUCAGCUCAGAUUUUGCGAGUAAUUCAACCGGAAUAUAUAUGAAUGAUUCAGAACUGAUCGACUUCAGUAAUUACACUGAUUGCAUUUGCAAAAUUAUUGAUGUCGCCUUUGGGAGCAUUCUUUGGGAACGAACAGUGGUUUUAAUACUUUCAUUCGAAAGACUACUCCUCUCCUGUCUCAUAUUUUUCCUCCUCGCAGUCGCGGAAAGAACAUUUAAACAGAGGCUUCUGUACGCAAAGCUCUUUUCGCAUUUGACGUCAUCCAGACGAGCGAGGAAAUCGGAUUUACCUCAUUUUAGACUAAACAAAGUGAGAAAUAUCAAGACUUGGCUCAGUGUCAGAUCCUAUCUAAAGAGGAGAGGACCUCAGAGAUCUGUCGACGUCAUCGUGUCUGCAGCGUUUAUCGUCACUCUCUUGUUGCUCUCAUUUGUGAGCCUGGAGCUUAUCAAAGACUUAGGGAGUCUGCACUCGAGAUCAAAUAUUGAAGCGCUUAUCUGGAGCUUUGUCCUUGGCAUAUACCUCUUAAGAUUCAUGACACUUGGGACUAAAAUCAAUAAGAAGUAUCGUAAUCUCUCUGUGCUAAUCACUGAACAGAUAAAUUUAUAUCUUCAAAUAGAACAAAAACCCCACAAGAAGGAGGAGCUCACAGUGGCAAAUAGUGUUCUAAAGCUAGCGGCUGACUUAAUAAAGGAAUUGGAGAGCCCAUUCAAGAUCUCCGGUCUCUCAGCAAAUCCCUAUCUGUACACAAUAACUAAAGUCGUCCUUCUCUCAGCUCUAUCAGGAGUGCUCUCCGAGCUCCUCGGAUUUAAACUCAAACUUCACAAGAUAUCAAUCAAAUAGUUGCAAACUCUAAUGAUUACACAGUUAUUUAGAGUGUAGUGAAGUAAUGAAAGGAAUCAAGUCGAGUGAAACAGUUGCAUUUAUGAUGUCGUUAUCUUUAAAAUAAGGAGAUUUAUGAUAAAACAGGCAAAUUAAUAUAUGAAGUAAAUCCAUAGAGUAAUUUUCACUGAAAAUUCUGAUAUUGUUUGUUCCCUAGAAAACAGGUUUUUCCUAGAUUUUUUUUAUCAUAAUUUAAGGUGAGAACUAUUUUCUUAGAAUUAAUGUAAUUAAGUUAUCGAUUGAAUUGAAGAUGAAUUAAUAAAUUCUUGUAAUUAAGAUAUCAAUUUUUAAAUAUAAAUAAUUAUGUUUGGUUAUCUAACACUUGAGUUAUCUAAUUAUGAGGGAAAAAGGGCGGAUGGGUCUCUCCAAACUCGAUUUUUUACCCCAUACGAGCUUCCUUACGAUAUGUUUUAUAAAUUAAUUCUUGGUAGAUUGAUAAAUUUCGAUUGCGAUAAAUUUUUUAAGAAAAUUUUGUAGCACAUAGUUUCUGUGACAUUAAAGAAAAGUAAUUAUCAAGUAUUUAUUAAUUUAACGAAUUUUAUUUGAGGAGAAUGUUCUACUCACAGCGCGGCAAAUUAAUAAAGUUUCUGACGCUCAAAGUGAAUUGAACUAUUGUUAGUUCAUAUUUAAUAUCACUAAGGUUCGAUGGCAACGACCGAAGCCAAUAGAACCCUCAAAUAACUUGAGCAUUUCCAGAUCGAUUAUAGAUCAUUUCAAAUAUUUUGCAUGAUAUAGUUCAGAUAAUGUUAUAUUAGUUAUGGAAUAUGACUGACGGUAUCUGAAAUACUCAGCAUCCCUUUGACAAUGUCAUCUAAUCAGAUUAUUUAUCGGUCAUUAUAUAAUUGUUGAUAAUUUGAACGUUAUCAAGCAUCAACAUCUCAACGAUCAUUUAAGACUUUAUCGUAAUACUUAAAAAUUUCUGUAAAAAAUAUCUCCGGAUGCUUUGCCUCACCUAUUUUAGACAUAAUUCGAUAAUAAAUAAUGCGUUAUUCUGAUUCAAGCCAUUUCAUUACUUCUCUACUGAACAUAAAUGCUCGAGCUCAGAUUGUGAUUAAAAUUUUUCCAGCUAAACUAGACUGUUAUCUCUCACACCCAAAGAAAUGACAAAUUCAAAUCAAAUAAAAAUUUGAUUUGUAACUUUCUGUUAAUUUCAAUAAUAUUUUCAUUGGAAACUCAUAAACUCAUUAGUUUAUUCCCAAGAAUAUUUAUAUUAUUCUUUUCAUUGAAAAAUUGGGAAAAUAAAUUGUUGUAGAAUUGUUGUAGAUAAUAAUGACUCAAUCAAAAUGAAUUGUAUACAAAAAAUAUUUAUAAAUAUUUUAUAUCACCAAACGAAAUAUUGUGUUGAUUGCUUCCGACUUUCUAAUUUCGCAUGAAUUUUCUUUUAUUUCAUAUGAAUCAUUUCUCUGGGUGUAUUGUAUACUUUAUAAUCAUAGUAAACUUCAAUCGAAAGUAUAAACUCUGUACAAAUUAAUGUAUUCAAUUAGAAAUGAAUUAUUUUUGGCAAUGAGAGGGAUUACGCAAUACCACUUAUGAUCACAUGUCCUCGACAGCACUCAAAUGAUAUCCAUUGCGUCCCACUUACUUCGAAUUUUUCUCAAGAAAUAUUUUAUAGUUAAACCAAUGGUUAUAUGAGAUGAUGUAUAUGAAACUACACAUUAUUAACAUAAUUGAUGUGAUUAAAAAUAUUGAGAUCUAA